AAAAAUACUACAAGUUAUAGAUAUCUGCCCUAGUGUGCCAUGAGUGUUGGUUCCCCUGCAGUGGGGUCCCUCCAGUUGAAAUGGGACCCCAAAAAUCUGGAGAUCCGGACAAUGUCUGUGGAGAAGACAUUGGAACCUCUAGUUACACAGGUAACAACCCUAGUUAAUCAAAAAAGUCCAUCAAAUAAAAAGAAAGGGAGGUCAAAGAAGGCACAUGUUUUGAGUGCCGCUGUUCAGAAAGCCACAGAGAAUUUCAUUGCUAGAGGAGAGGAAAUCGCCAAUGAAAACCCAGAUAUCAGGCCUGACAUGAUGGCAGCUGUCGACGAAGUCAGGAAAACUGGGGAGGUAAUGAGGGAUGCCUCUACUGAGUUUGCUGCUGAGCCCUGUUCCCUGUCUAAGCGGGGGGCUAUGGUACGGGCUGCUAGAGCUCUCCUAUCUGCUGUCACAAGACUUCUGAUCUUAGCCGAUAUGGUGGAUGUUCAUCUCUUGCUGAAAUCUCUUAGAAUGGUUGAGGGUGACUUGGACAGAGUAAGGAAUGCCACAAGUCAGCAGGAGCUGAUGUCUAGCUUCAAAGAUCUGGGGGAGAGCUUAGUGGAUCUAGCUCAGCGAGCUGCCCAAAGACAGAAUGAUCUGAAGGACCCGAGAAGGCGUGACGAUUUAGCUGCCGCUAGGGCUGUCCUCAAGAAAAAUAGCAUGAUGCUGCUGACGACUUCAAAGGCUUACGUAAGGCACCCAGAACUUGCUCCAGCCAAAUCAAAUCGAGACUAUGCCUACCAACAGCUUGUGGAUGCUGUCAACACAAUAUCUGGUGUGGCCCAGGCCUCGGGGGCCUCUGAUGCUCACCCAUAUGAGGGAGCUGGGGAACUGGCUUCAGCAUUGGAUGAAUUGAUGCAAAAAAUAAUCAUGGAUCCCUUGACAUACAAUGAAGUGAGGACCCGGCCGUCCUUAGAGGAACGCCUGGAGAGCAUCAUCAGUGGCGCCGCCCUGAUGGCAGACUCCUCAUGUACGCGGGACGAUCGCAGGGAGAGGAUCGUACAGGAGUGUAACGCUGUCAGACAGGCCUUACAAGAUCUGUUAACAGAGUACAUGAACAAUUGCAGGAAACCACAAUCAAGUAAUUUCAAGUCUGGAAGAAGUGAGAGGAGUGAAGAUCUUCAGAGGGCCAUAGAUAACAUGGAACGUAAGACGAAGGACCUCAAGAGACAGCUGAGAAAAGCAGUGGUGGAUCAUGUUUCUGACUCCUUCCUGGAGACCAACGUACCCCUCCUUGUUCUGAUAGAAGCUGCCAAGGCCGGGGACGAGAAGGGAGUGGAGGAGUAUGCCCAGGUGUUUGCUGACCAUGCCAACAAACUUGUGGAGGUAGCAAACUUGGCCUGUUCCAUGUCCAGCAAUGCAGAAGGUGUGAAAAUGGUCAGAAUGACUGCAGCUGAACUUGAAAGUCUCUGUCCACAGGUAAUCAAUGCAGCUCGAAUUCUUGCCAGUCGUCCGAGGUCAAAGGUCGCUCAAGAAAACAUGGACGUGUUUAAGGAUGCCUGGGAGAGAGAAGUGAGGAUCCUGACAGAUGCUGUAGAUGAUAUUACCACCAUUCAUGAUUUCUUGGCUGUAUCUGAGAGUCACAUCCUUGAGGAUGUCAACAAAUGUGUGGUGGCUCUUCAGGAGGGAGAUGCAGACACGCUUGACCGAACUGCUGGGGCCAUCAGAGGGAGGUCCUCUCGCGUGUGUAAUGUGGUCACUGCAGAGAUGGAGAAUUACGAGGCAGGGGCAUAUGUUGAUAGAGUCAUGGAAACAGUACUGAUGCUUAGGGACCAAGUGAUGCCUAACUUUGCUGAGAAAGUGGAGAUAGCCGUGGAUGCCCUGAGUUACAAUCCUCCACGAGAGGUGGACGAGAAUGAGUUUAUUGAUGCCAGUAGACUUGUGUAUGAUGGGGUCAGAGAUAUCAGACAGGCCGUGCUGCUAGACAGGACUGAAGUAGAAACAGAUUCAGAAGUUGAAGAAGAUCCAUAUGAAACAAGAAGCAAAUCUUCAAGAUCCAAAGCUAGCUACAUGACUGGGAUGGAUGACGACCAUGGUAAGAGUGACAGAGCCAUGAUGAGACAACUCCCUGCGGAGGAACGAGAGAAGAUCCAGGAGCAUGUGCAGGAAUUCCUGGCGGACAAAAUGAAGCUCGACCGUGAAGUGGCCAAGUGGGAUGACAGUGGGAAUGACAUUAUUGUCAUGGCUAAACAGAUGUGUAUGAUCAUGAUGGAGAUGACAGAUUUUACAAGAGGACGAGGUCCACUGAAGAGUACAAUGGACGUUAUCAAUGCUGCUAAGAAAAUCUCAGAGGCUGGUAUUGGAUUGGACAAACUGGCUAAACAAAUUGCUGAUCAGUGCCCAGACUCUGCCUCAAAGAAAGAUCUGGUUGCAUACCUGCAGAGAAUCACCUUGUAUUGUCAGCAAUUAAACAUUACAAGUAAAGUCAAGAAUGACAUUACUAGCAUCAGUGGACAGGCUAUUGUGGUCACAGGGCUGGACAGUGCUACUUCACUUAUUAUGGCCGCAAAGAAUCUCAUGAACGCUGUGGUCCUGACAGUAAAAGCCUGUUAUGUCGCAUCCACUAAGUAUAAGCAAGCAGGUCACACAUCCACAGUGGUCAUGUGGAAGAUGAAGCCUCCAGAGAAGAAGGCUCUGGUCAAGCGGGAGGAUCCGAAUGAACUCCGGUCCAAAGUCCGCAAGGGGGCCAGGAAGAAGAACAUGGAGCCCGUCAAGGCACUGAGUGAAUUCCAGGAAAUUGACAGCUUCUGUUAGAACCCAAUCAUUCCAACUAAUACGCAAUUCAUUUAAUGACAAGUGAGGGAAAAUUGGGUGUUUUGUUUACUGACAUAUACAUAUUUAAAAAGGAAAGGAAAUUUAAAACAGAAGCUACCAGUAUAUUUUGAAAAAGACCUCAUUUGAGCAUAUUGAUAACUUCUUGUUGAUAUUUUAAGGAAGCUUGUAAAAUGGACUUAAAUUAAUUUUUUUUUGCAAUUUCUAAUAUUUCAUAUCUUACUACAUCCAUUGAUACAUAUUCUCCACAAAUUACUAUUUGUUAUGAAGCACAUAUACCAUCUCAAAGACUUUUUUUCUUAUUUCUAGAGAUAAAAUACAACUGUUAUUCAGAUACAUGUAUUGUUCAUCGUUUAAUAGUGUAUCAUUUUUAAAAUCAUCCUAGAUCGUUUUCAUGUAUUUAAUUGGAAAAGUCCAACAGCUGUCACUUAUUUCACAUUAGUUGUUAUCCAUUACAAUUACCACACCAUUUCUUUUCUUUUUUUUUUUUUUUUUGCAUUUUAAUUUUUUUUUAAAAAUCUUUUUUUAAUACCAAUGAUUUCGCAUAAAAUGUGAUAUUAUGUCAUGGUUGUUUUUGUCAUUUAUAUGUGUAGCAUUUUAUAGUGUUUAUACACACAUGUAUAAUUUAGAAUUACGAAGGGUUGUGAAAUAU